CCGCUCUUCCGUUCCCGUCGCCCUCCAGUCCCUGCCGCCGGUGGCCCGCUUAGGCUGUCCCUGCGGCCCUCAGCUGCCUCCCACGCCAGGGGCCCACCCCGAGUGCACCCCCGAGAGCUCCUCUUGUGUCUUUCCCCCUUCCUGGUACAGAGGGACACAGUUGGGUAGGGUUGGGAGUACCAGAGACACUGCCCGUGGUGUGUUGGUGCCAGUGGGGGAUAACUUUCUCACACGUUCUUUGGUAAUUCUAAGUCUGGUCACUCACUGACUCCCUGGUUUCCAUCCUGUUUCUGACUGUCAGCUUAAGGGCUGUCUGGUGCAGCAAACAGCUCUUGUUUUGGUUCGGUAGGUUUGCACAUUGCCAGGGAGUGAAUUGUGCCUGCUUGUGUUCCUGCUCCCAGGCUGACAGAAUCGGGCCUUUCUAUGGUUGACUGGCACCUGGUGAAAGAGAUGAAACCCCCGAGGACGCAGCAGGAGUGGGAAGCUGAGUUCCAGAAGUAUCAGCAGUUCCCAGAGUUUAAAAUCCUGAAUCAUGACAUGACGCUGACAGAGUUCAAGUUCAUUUGGUACAUGGAGUAUUCGCACCGUAUGUGGGGCCGUGUUGUGGGUUUGGCCUACAUUCUGCCUGCCGCCUACUUCUGGAAAAAGGGCUGGCUCAGCCGCCCCAUGAAGGGCUGCGUUCUUGCGCUCUGUGGGCUGGUCUGCUUCCAGGGGCUGCUGGGAUGGUACAUGGUGAAGAGCGGGUUGGAAGAGAAGCCAGACUCUUACGACAUUCCUCGGGUCAGUCAGUACCGUCUUGCAGCACAUCUCGGCUCUGCGCUGGUUCUGUACGCUGCUAGUCUGUGGACAGGGCUGUCUUUGCUGCUUCCGCAACACAAGUUACCUGAAACCCAUCAGCUCCUUCGCUUGAGACAAUAUGCUCAUGGCACUACAGCUCUCAUUUUUCUUACUGCUCUUUCAGGUGCCUUUGUGGCAGGGCUGGAUGCUGGCCUUGUGUACAAUUCCUUCCCCAAAAUGGGGGAGCGCUGGAUCCCAGAUGAUCUCCUUGCCUUCUCCCCCGUGCUGAGAAAUAUCUUUGAGAAUCCUACAACUGUACAGUUUGAUCACAGGAUCUUGGGAAUUGCCUCGGUUACAGCAGUCACAGCAUUAUUCCUCUUCUCGCGGAAGAUCCCACUCCCUCGCAGGACCAGGAUGGCAGUGACUUCCUUGUUGGCUGUGGCUUGCAUGCAGGUGGGCCUGGGCAUCAGCACCCUGCUGCUCUACGUCCCCACGCCUCUGGCCGCCACGCACCAGUCGGGCUCCCUGGCGCUGCUCAGCGUGUCACUCUGGCUCAUGAGCGAGCUCCGGCGGGUCCCCAAGUAACCCGGCAGAGGGAGAGCCCUCCCGGGGGAGCUGCGCCGCUGGCCCGGAGGCGGCAGAGACACCCCCCGCACACCCCGGGUGUGCUGGGGUGGGCGGGCUACGUGCGCCCAGCCGGGCGGCGGCGGGUGUGAGCGCGAACGUUGUAACAUAAAGGAGUU